AUGGUGCGCCCCGCUUCUCAGUUUUGGGAGCACGUCAUUAAGAUUAAGGAUGACGAAGGCAACGUAGUCGGUGCUACCUGCAUUCAUUGCAAGAAUCCUGUGACGGCUAAUGCGACUAGGAUAGGCGAGCACAUGUUCGGCACUAACAAGAGGGACAAGAACGUUGCGAUGUGCAAGUCGGACUACGCUAAGCAGCUGCGGGCGACAGCCGAUCAGGAGCGCUCGACCACGGAAAAUGCUACGGGAGGAUCAACCCGUGCCUCCACGUCCUCGGUGGAGGCGCCGCCCGUGCGUCGCUCCCGGCAGCGAGAUAUCCGUGAUAUGACGGACCAAGUUGCGCAUAAUCGCCUUGAUUACCUGUGGGCUGCUGCAGUAGCCGAGAACGACCUCGCCUUCAACGUCAGCAAGUCGAAAUCGAUCCAGGCGUUCGUUGACGCGGUGAUCAUGUACGCGAAACCGUACACUCUCCCAACCCCGUACAAGGUAUCCGGCCCAUUGCUGGACAAGCUGAAGGCGGACUCCGAGGACCUGCUGCGGCCGGUGAAGGAGAGCUGGAAGACCAGCGGGUGCUCGCUCUCCGUCGAUGGAUGGACGGACAUCAAAUCCCGCGGUUUUGUGUGUGUCAUCGUGCAAAAUGACACCGCACCCGUCAUUGUCGACAUCGUUGACUCGAAGACCGUAAAAAAAACCGGGGACUACUUGGCAACGCUUAUUCAGGGAGCCAUCACCACUGUGGGGCCGAAGCAUGUCGUCCAAGUCGUGAUGGAUAACGCUUCGAACAACAAAAACGCCGCCAGCAAGCUAAGCGCGGAUUAUCCCCAUAUCUUCUUCACCAACUGCGCCGCCCACUGCCUCGACCUCAUGCUGCACGACAUCGGCAAGAUCCCUGCGGUGAAACUCGUCUUUUCCCAAGUGCAUCAGGUUGUGAUGAUGAUCAAAGGCUCCGCCUCGGCCGUGGUCUUGUUCCGUGAGCUUUUUACCAAGCUCUCGUUGGUGCGGCCUGGUGCAACGAGAUUUGGCACCCAGGUCAUCAUGCUCGGCAGGUUCCUUGAGGUGAAGCGCGCGUUGAGGGCGAUGGUAAUCAGCGAGGAAUGGGAGGAUGUAGCGGUGGCACGGACGGAGGAGGGGAUGGAGGUUAGGAAGCUGUUUUUGGACGACGUUUUUUGGGACUGUGGGACGGCCGUGCAUCGCCUCAUGACUCCCAUCUACGAGGUUCUCCGCGCCGUCGACACACGGGCUCAAGUCAUGGGGCAGCUGUACGGCCUCAUGCUUGAAGCCACGGUGAAGACUAAUGCGGCGGCUGAGACGGCUGAAACCGCACACUUCAUCAAGCGGACGGGUCUGCUGUUGCCUAAGGACAGGAGCACUUUCCUCACCUCCAUCAAGGCGAUCAUUGCCAGGAGGUGGGAUGCACAACUGCACAACCCCCUGCAUGCCAUCGGUUGGCUCCUCAACCCCCGUAACCAGUACAUUGGGGAGGUAAGGAAUGACAAGGAGAUUAGGAAGGGGGUGGAUGAGGUAAUCCAGGCCCGGGGCGGAGAUGUGCAGCAGCGCAUAACGCUAGCUGCACAGGUGGCUCAGUUUCACCGAGGGGAGGGCAGGUUGGGCUCUGACGAUGCCCGUUGGGCAGCAACUACCUUGGUGGAGGCGGGGCGCAUGACGGAGGCGGAAUGGUACUGGUCGGCGCUGGCACGUGUGCAGAGGCGCGACCGGAACCCCCUCACGGCGAAGAAGAUGACCGACGUCACCUUCGUCGCCUUCACCCGGCGGGCCCGUGAUGCCUUUGAUCGAAAGGCAGCCCUGCGUUCCAAGCUCUAUCAGGACCUGGGCAACGGCACCCUCAGGGAAGGGGCUGCCAUCAUCCCGGCCGAAGUGGAGGUGGAGGAAGGGGAUGCGGAGGAGGAGGCACCCGUGGAGGAGGAAUGCACCAUUGAUUUGUCGGAAUUUGGGAGCAUCGGCAAGAAGAGGAAAGGGAAGGCGGGUAAGUCAUCUAAAGGGAAGAAGAGGGGGAAGGGCAACGGUGCAUGCAAGGGAAAGGGGAAAGGAAAAGCAGGGGAUGCGGAGGAGGAAGAGGAGGCGGAAGAGAGCGGUGGGGAGGAGGAAGAGCCUGCCCUGAAUCCCAAGGGGCGAUAUGCCUGGGAUUGCAGCGACGGUUCAAGUGGGGAGGAGGAGGAGGAGGAAGAGGAUGACGAGGAGUAUGACGAGGAGUAUGACGCGUUGAUGGCAGUGGCGGCGGCUGUGAGCGAGCGGCGUGGGAGCGUUCCCGAGGGAGAGGGGGAGAAGAGGCAUAGUGGUGAUGGCGCCAGGAGCAGCGACAAGAGGAGAAUAGCACGCAGCGGCAGCAGACAAGCACUAUGGUGUGCGGCUGAUGGUGCAAAGUGUCGCAACGACGGCACUGCUGCUGCUGAAGGUGAUACGGAUGAUGGCGAAACCGGCGAUUUCCUGCGUUCCCUAGCCCAUCUCGGAGGUGCUGCUACCACCCAUCCUUUCUCCCCUUUCGUUUUUGCCCCCUCAUUGCUUCGACUCCCUCCACUCGACGCGUCGCUCUCAACGCGGCACCUUCCUGCCAGAGCCAUGGCUGUGCGCUUGUCGUUGAAUCGCAGCACCUUUCUGCAAAAAGCAGACGGCUAG